AUGGAUGUUAAGGUUGACAUUGAGGAGCAGCUGAGGCGCAACCCACAGCAGAUGAUUCUUGGAAAUCUUUCCGACCCCUCCUCACUGGAACCAGAUCUCAAAACCGUUUUUGAUCAUAUUUUGUCGAGAGCUUUUGAAGGUGUUUCUGCGCGCAAUACCAUAGACUCAUUACUAAAACAAGUUGAUAAUGUUGAGAACUUCCAGAGACAGCUGGAGGAUGUCGUUUACCAGAAGGUCGAGGCUUCGCUGAGUGAAAACAUUAAACGCGUACAGGGCGAAUUGGACUGCCUACUACAAAAAGACGAUCAUCCAACAGAAGAGAAUGAAGCAGCAUUCAUAGAGAGAAUUGGCAAUUCUCGGGAUCUGAUUGAUCAAACCAUGACCAAUGGAGAGCCAGGCUACAACCAAGAUUCAAACAAUCAUGCGCUAGUAAAUAAUAGCCUGCAGCCUGCCUCGCCGAAAAGUAUGCCUUACGAAAUAAUGAACUACCGUUUGCCAAGAGGACCCAGGUCAAACAAAAGUCUGACAGUGCGCGAGCUCCAUGAUGUGUGGUAUAUCGGGGACCCCGACAUUGGAAAGCCUUCGGUCUGCGAAAUACUUCAGAGAUAUCCGACGUGGAAAUCAACCCAGACUACCUAUUUUAAUCGACUUAAGCGAGUUGCAAAUUUGAUAGAGGAAAUUGCACGUGAUUUGAGUGGUCAUCCCAUUGAGGCCCGCAGGCUGGAAGCAGUUAAGUUAAUAGAAGCUUUCAUGGAGAAAAACAAGCUCGGAGGAGUCAGUGCAUUGUCUGAUCUUUGUUCAAACCAAAAAGGUGCACCCGGAUUCGAGACGGUAAAGUCAAGGGUACUUGAAAAUUUCGCAGACUUACAAUAG